AUAUUGUUCUUGGUAAAGCCUAAUCGAAACUCUCAAAACAAAGUUUAUUUGUUCACAAUAAAUGGACGAUAGCGAAUGAUUUGUUAAAUUUUGACUACAACAGAAUGCUAUGAAUACAGUUUUUUUCAUGCAAAUGUGGUUAUGAUCAUGACGCGCCAUCUAAACUAGACCGUAGACGGAAGUUAGAGAAAGCGAAAGUUUUAUUGAAAGUUAUUAUAUAAUGAGUUUUAAUGACGCAUUUUCAAUUUCACCAAGUAUAAUGGUAUCAACAAUAAAACAGUGGAUGAUAACUAAAGCUACUGAACUGUCGCGAGAAAUGCUGCGUUCACGAGACAGCGAACAGAACGACAAGGCCAAGGUGUUCCUGUAUAAGGAUGACUACAAUGCUAUGUGUACUGAAGUGUACAGACAUCAAGACAUUGAAACAGGUGGGAAUCUGUUUGGUCUGUGGACUACAUCAGGUAGCGCUAUGAUUCAUGUCGUCCUUGGACCAGGACAAAACUGCAGACGAACAAACACCUCGUUCCAUCAAGACAUCAAUUACAUGCAUCGUGUUGGACGCUUUAUCAACGACAACUACAUGUUAUGUCAUAUCGGCGAGUGGCAUUCUCACCACAAUCUCUGGCUGAGCAAACCCAGCCACGGAGACGUACAGACCAUUGAACGUAACUUCCCCAAAGGUAUUUCGAAAUUUUUGGUCAUCAUUGCCAAUAUUAGAAACCAGGACACAAUUCUGCUCUCUCCUUAUUUCUUCACGAACGGUGGGAAGCACUACGAGAAAGCAGAAUUUGAAGUCAUAGAUAUUGACAAUCCCUUCUUGAAUGAUGAGAAAAUUACGGCAGAAAUUGAGUUUGAAUCGGAAAGAAGCAAACGAAGGCAAAACUAUGUGGUUCGUCCUGAUUCAGCUCCUAGCAUCGUUCGAAACAUGCCUUUGAAAGCUCAACAACGUUCCAAAACCAAUCCCACCCUCUUGCAGGUUAGCAAACACACGCCUACUAACACGCCUAAACCCCGAGAUAUUUCCACCCCAUUAUCAAAGGCCAACCCAAGUGCGCUUGAGUCGCAAAGUAAAUCAAUUAGCGUCUUCGACCACUGUAAAUCAGCAGCACGAAUGAACUGUGGGUCAUCCCAAACAGUUCAACAGGAGGAACCGAUAGGCACUAAUGAAAACGCCACUUCUGUAUCUCAGCUUGAUUCUACUGAGGGCAAUCAGAACGGUCCAAAAUCUAAUGAAAAUGAUGGCGAAGGAAACGCAUCUUCUCAAUCUCCGCUUGAUUCUACUGAAGGCAAUCAGAACAAUCCAAAAUCUAAUAAAAAUUAUGGUGAAGGAGACGCCUCUGCUGUAUCCCAGCUUGAUUCUACUGAGGACAAUCAGAACGAUACAAAACCUGAAGAAAAUGAUGGUGAAGGAGGCGCCUCUGCUGUAUCCCAGCUUGAUUCUACUGAGGGCAAUCAGAACGAUACAAAACCUGAAGAAAAUGAUGGUGAAGGAGACCCCUCUGCUGUAUCCCAGCUUGAUUCUACUGAGGGCAAUCAGAACGAUACAAAACCUGAAGAAAAUGAUGGUGAAGGAGGCGCCUCUGCUGUAUCCCAGCUUGAUUCUACUGAGGGCAAUCAGAACGAUACAAAACCUGAAGAAAAUUAUGUGGAAGGAAACCCCUCUUCUGUAUCUCAGCUUGAUUCUACUGAGGGCAAUCAGAAUGAUCAAAAACCUGAAGAAAAUGAUGGUGAAGGAGGCGCCUCUGCUGUAUCCCAGCUUGAUUCUACUGAAGGCAAUCAGAACGAUCCAAAACCUGAAAAAAAUUAUGGUGAAGGAGCCGCCUCUGCUGUAUCUAAGCUUGAUUCUACUGAGGGCAAUCAGAACGAUCCAAAAUCUGAAGAAAAUGAUGGUGAAGGAGACGCCUCUGCUGUAUCCCAGCUUGAUUCUACUGAGGGCAAUCAGAACGAUCCAAAACCUGAAGAAAAUGAUGGUAAAGGAGACGUCUCUGCUGUAUCUCAGCUUGAUUCUACUGAGGGCAAUCAGAACGAUCCAAAACCUGAAGAAAAUGAUGGUAAAGGAGACGUCUCUGCUGUAUCCCAGCUUGAUUCUACUGAGGGCAAUCAGAACGAUCCAAAACCUGAAGAAAAUGAUGGUGAAGGAGACGCCUCUGCUGUAUCUCAGCUUGAUUCUACUGAGGGCAAUCAGAACGAUCCAAAACCUGAAGAAAAUGAUGGUAAAGGAGACGUCUCUGCUGUAUCCCAGCUUGAUUCUACUGAGGGCAAUCAGAACGACCCAAAACCUGAAGAAAAUGAUGGUGAAGGAAACGCCUCUUCUGUAUCUCAGAUUGAUUCUACUGGGAGGAGUCAGAACGACAACUGGCUCCGCAUUUGCCAUUUUCACACAGUAUCAACAACAAGACAGCAACUCCAAGGAAGACCUUUGAAAUUAACUUUCGUCUCAAGAAUGGCUCGUAUACCGCAGAGCAGACAUAAGGUGUACUUGUUCGAAGAUGACUACAAUGCUAUUUGCGCUGAAGUGUACAGACAUCCACACAUUGAAACAGGUGGAAAUCUGUUUGGUCUGUGGACUACAUCAGGUAGCGCUAUGAUUCAUGUCGUCCUUGGACCAGGACAGAAGUGCAGACGAACAAACACCUCGUUCCAUCAAGACAUCAAUUACAUGCAACGGGUUGGACGCUUCGUCAACGACGGCUUCAUGCAAUGUCAUAUCGGCGAGUGGCAUUCUCACCACAAUCUCAGCCUAGACAGACCCAGCCAGGGAGACGUACAGACCGUCGAACGGAACUUCCCGGAAGGCAUGUCGAAAUUUUUGGUCAUCAUCACAAAUAUUAAGAGUUCCGAUACGAUUUCGCUGUCUCCGUAUUUUUUCACGCACGACAGAAAGCCUUAUGAAAAGGCAGAGUAUGUCGUUUUAAAAAACCAGAAUCCCUACUUGAGUAAUGUCGAUAUUUUGAAUCAAAUACAGCAAGGAGCCGAGAAUCGUAAUUUUCACCAAAACGGAGCUACACUUCGUAGUAGAGCCUCCUUAACCGCUGCCGGAAACAGCCAAAGCACGGGCUCAGAUUCCCAGCGGAAUCACAGCACAAGUCACACAAACUCGAGUAGGGGCUGGACUGGUUUCCAAAACUCCAGCAACACAGCCUCAAAUAGUCAACGUGAUCUUGACAAUAGUCCCACCUAUGCCCAGGUCGCUACACCGUCUUCAGGAGCGAAUGAGAUAGAGCCGAUGGAUACAUCUGAUACCAGCCCCCACGAAAAUCAUCCAACCCUCCAAAUUUCUUCUCCAGUAGAUCAUAACCCCCCUGGAGGAAGUGCUUCGAACAACCAGAAUGACGACGUUGAGAAGGCGUCCCCGAAAGAAGUGAUCUUAAAGGAAAUUUACGAUGAACUGAAGAAGUUUUUCGGCAGCGAAGGCAAUAUCGAAAUCGAAAGUGGAAGUGCUGGUGAUAUACAAAUGACAUUCAAACAUCGCAUUUAUCACUGGAAGGUUCGUUUCCCUGAAUCCUUCCCUAACAAACCUGCACAACUUUUCUCCUCUUCGAGUUGUGAUAGUUUAUCAUAUGCCCGUCCAUUUUCACAUGAUGCACUUGUGGACCAGCUUACCAGUCUUACGAAUAUACUGUUGUCAAUCAAGAAAAGUUGUCGUUCAACCUGCGAGACUUGCAAAAGAAUCAAGAAAAAGGAUCCUGAAAUCGUAACCCCCAAAAGCGACACGAGUCCAAGGCUUGCUGGAAACAGUGACCAGUAUGAAAAAAAUGCUUUGAAAAACCAAGCCACGAAUGAUGAAGGUAAGAGGGAGGUCGCCUUGAAAGAAAUUCAUGAUGACUUGCAGAAAUACUUUGGAAAAGAAGGAGAAGUGGUUGCCAAACGUGAAAAUGAUGGUGAAAUACAAAUUAACUUCCAACAUUCCGGUUAUCACUGGAAGCUUCGCUUUCCCAAAACCUUCCCAAAUGGUCAACCAGCAAGACUCUCACGCUCAUUAUGGCCUGAAAGUGAAUCACGUAGUACUACGCAUCUUGAUAACUCUCUUGAAAAUCGGGUGAAAAUAUUUCUGUGUAUUAAAAAAAAUUGCAAAUAUUUUUGUGCUAUUUGCAAGGAUAUCACUGAAGAAAAAUUGACCAAGCCUGCUGCUACAACCUCUACCGUGAAGACGAAUCAUGCGGACACCGUAAUUGCGUUGGAAAAUGACAUCAAGAUGACCUUGGCAACACCGCUGACAUUCACUGGAAAGGCCCAAGAUGACGGAAGUUACAGAAUUGCAUUUACGCAUUACCAAAAUAAGUGGUCAAUUAUGCUCCCAGCCAAGUUUCCUGAUAAGCCUGCUGAGGUUCACAAACAAGCAACUCGCUAUAGUGAUCCAGAGAAACAAUUCAUACGCGAUUCAUCAGGAAGACCGCGCGAAGAUAAGCCGCUGAUUUCGUUCGAACUUAUCAUGAAAGCUAUCAGAAGUAACUGCUUUUGUUCGCAAUGUCAUAAAAUAUUUUAGACAAACUUUUCCAUUGAUUGAACGAUUGGAAUUUUAGCGGACGACGGGCGGUUUCUGGCGGUUUAGUCUUAAAUAGUAAAAUACAACUGUUUAAAACAUGACCG